AAUAAAACCUACAUACAGCAACAGUGUUUUGUGUUGUGUAGGCUCCUAUGAUGUAAGUCAUGGGCCCCGCCUGCAAGUCUGCUCCCUAAAAUAUCGCUGGUUUGCUCAUUUCUAUAUAUAGGGUGCCUACAUUCUGCAUGUGCAAAUGGCUUUAGAUACCUAUUAGGUCCCUAAAUUACCAUAUAGCAUAUACUCAGCACAAAAAAACAGCAACAAUUUGUUAUUGGCAGCUGGACAUAUAAAGGGCUCUAUUACUUUCAGUAGCUUAGGGCCUCAUCAAACCUAAAUCCGGCCCUGCAUACCCUCCAACAUUUCCCCUAUGAAAACACGGAUGUCCUAUUGUAGAAUAAAAAUAAUAAUUUUACUAUUUAUACCCCAUCCACUCAUCUGACUGCGUUGUUUCUAGCUGCUCUGAGAGACUUCCAACAUAUAUAAAAACAUAAUAAAACAUUAAUCGUUAAAAAAAAUAACUUCCCUAUACAUGGGUGCCUUCAGAUGGCUUUCAGGGGGUGGGAUAACGCCAAAGCCUCCAACAUUUCUCCGAUGAAAAUAGGGGCAUUCUAAGGAAAAGCCAGCUCAAAUCAGAAAAAGGGAUGGCUUCUGUAAAUCUGUCCCUGGAAAAUAGGGGCACUUGGGGGGUCUUGGUUAGAGCGCUCUGCUCUGCCGCCACAAAAGGAAGCCUUGGUUGCCCCUCAUGGAGGCUUUCCUCAAGUAUAAAGACCCUCAGCAGCAUAAAAGGCCUUUGGGGGAUUAUUAUUACUAUGUAAUUAUUUAUACCCCACACUCCCCUCCUGGCAGGGACUAAAGGCGGCUGACGGGUAAAAAUGAGAACACCUUAAAAACAUUCCCUUUGGGGGGGGAGGAGAGAUGACAAUUUUUUAAAAGCAAUUAAAUAAACAGCUCUCUUGGUUACGUAUGACACUCCUGAUCUCAGGAUCUUGGGUCCGAGCCCCACAUUGGGCAAAAAGAUUCCUGCCUUACAGGGGGUCAGGCUGGAUGACCCUCGUGGUCUUUUCAUUUUCUUCAAUUUCACUUUUAAUUUGUAUACCGCCAUUUCUACUUUGCUAUUCGCAGCAACAAAAGGUGCAGUACACACACCUUAGAAUAAUCUGAUCCAAUACGAAAACUGUACAAUUCUAUUAGUUAGUUGGCAUCCGUCUGCCUUGAGAGACACCUCAGGGGGGGGGUGAAGUCAAACCACUGUGUUGGCAGCACCAAAUUGACCUCCCUGGGGUGCAAGCCUGGGCAGUGUGGAUGGAGGUCCUGGGCUGCCCAAACAAGACCCCGCUCUCAGCCACGCUGAUGGGUCCAAAGGAAAGCGGAGCAAUAGGUUUGGCACCAGCUUGGAUACAAGAGUUUCCAGAAGGAGGUAUACAAAGCACCAUCCAACAGUCUUAGGGACUCCACUCCAGAUUUGUGAAGGGUUUACUCCUUAGCCUUUGCGUCUCCCACAAGGCAGUGGGAGGUUUGGGAUCAGACACCGUGGUCUGACCAUCUCUCCAGCUUGUCACCUUUAACAGACUGCAACCUUUUUUCCUAGGUCAACUCUAAAGAUUCUACCUUUCUCCUUUCACUAACCAAGGGCUGGAGGAGGGGUCCCACCCACUUGCUGUCUGCCCCAGAGCCCCUCUCCAUAACGGGCUAUUAUCUUCCUUUUGUUUUUUUAAUGGCUCAUCUCCCAGGCAAUUACCUCAUCAGUAGACUGGCCUGGAUUAUAUUUUAACCCUUGCUGGAUCCAGGGCUUCAGGGGGCUUGAUGAAAUUCUAACAGCUACUGGACUCACAAAUUUAGGGUGUCAUGCACCCACAAACUCAUAAGAAUAUUUUCACAGAAGUCUACCUUUUUCCAGCCCCAGCCCCCAGCCCAAACUGAUCUUAGGGUCAUUGAAGCAAAUACUUAACCACUCAUAUUACUAGAGGCACUGGUGGGAAUGACUACAUUUAUAUAGGUGAUGUCCAAAGUUAUAAACAGAGUAGACCCCUUAACUCCAGUGAUUUCACUGGGUCUACUCUGAGUAUUACUAACAUUGGUUUCACCCCAUGUGUUUUUAAGUCAUGGUUUGAAUGAGUGCAUUCAAGCGCUAGUUAAAAACCCCACGUUUGUUCUGGAAAAUCAAGCGACGUACUUUGCUGCCAACAUAAUGUGCAGGCUGGCAGUGUUACAUUUUCCACGUUUUAUUUACUCUAGCCCCAGCUGAGUUGAGUAGCUAUAGUGACAAAACUUAGGUGCCCAAGCGUUGCUAUUACACAAGCGAAAGGAGCCUAAGAUAUGCUUGACAUUUCUCUUUCCUGGGCUGCGCUUGAAGUGAAGGAACAAUUGCUGCCUGCCAGUCUUCUAAUCUCAGAUACUUAAAACCUUCCUUGGAUCAGCAGAACUAAUGCUUUCGUACAAUUCUUUCUACAUACCAGGAUACACAGGUUUCAUUCCAAAUCUUGAAAGCAUUAUUGGGGAAACUUACGGCAAUGCCACCAGAAAGCUGCUUGCCCGUCAGGCAAAGUUGCUGCGGUUAAGCCACACUGCUGCUGACACACCUGAGCACAGAAAUCUUCUCAGACAGCCAUGUGGUCUUCAUCAUACUCAGUGGGCAGGAGGCAGAAAUACUGCAUACGAAUACCCACCAAUGAAUACCAAUCACCAUCUCUUUACACGAAGACCUCUGUAUGACUGCGAUCCUUCAACUGCUUCAGCUGUUCAGACAACUGAAAGAGCAAAAGCAGACUUAAAAUCACCACCAAAACCAAACAAGACAAGACAACUCACCCUAACAAAGCCAGGAGACAAGACAGUUAUGAUUUCUUCUUCUGCAACACCUGGUUUGCCCUCUGACCAGAAAAUAUUGGGUACCACCAUCCCGGAGUCAGUCAGUGUUCAAAAAGCAGAGGGUGAACAAACUUCUACUCCCAGGAAGAGAAAUGCUAUUCAAAAAAGUCUCGGAAAGCCAAUAUACAGAGCUGAUAGGGGUCUCCCUCCAUCUUACACUGGCUACAUCCCAGGUCACAAGUUCUCAUUUGGAAAGACCUGGGGAGUGAGCACCAGAAACUCUCUGGAAGCAGGAAAGAGGCGGCCUUUUGUAUGGACUUCUCAUAUGUAAGCAGGGCAUGCCUAAUCAAAUUGCAUGCCAUAAAUUGCCAUCAGUUCAAAUAUAUGCGUUGUCAUCUGAAACAUA